UGUGUGGGUGGCCAUGUGUCGUCCGCCGACCUCCCCCUUCCAGGAACACUCACGCAUCCCAUGCCCGGCCUCUCACUCCUGGAUUUCGGGGUCUCCCAGUCAUGGACCUGCAGCUGCUGGAGCAUCGGGGGCGGGUAACCAGCAUUGACAAGUCCGGGCUGUGGUUCUACACUCGCUCGUCAAGUUGUUGUUCUUACACACCAGAUUGGCAAUCUAAGCCAUGGUGGUCACAUCAUGCCUGGGCACACAUCAUCGGAGGCUUAAAGGGAACAUGUGUUUAUGGACAUGGCUGUGACCAGUUGUGGAACUUUCCAUCCAUUACAUGGAUUACUCACCUGUAGCUGUUGAUGGUUAUUGGCCUAAUCACCCCUUUUCUGUUUGCUUUGUGUGAGACUGGACAACUACUCUGGGCAAAAAGAUGAAGCCUCGGUGGUCAUUCCGUGGAGUCCGUCUGUUCAUGUUGCUCUGUUCAUCUCUCUUGUUACUGCCAGUACUGGUGACUGGCGAACGUGUACCCGCAGGGCAUCAGCGUGAAAGUUCUGGAAAACAUCAUGCAAACCUGGACUCCAUGCUGUCUGAUUAUGACAUAAUCUCAUUAUCUGGCAUCCAGCAGCACUCUGUGAGGAAACGGGACCUGCAGACACAGUCUCAGGUGGAGAGAAUGAUGGAGUUCACAGCCCUGCACAGGCAUUUUAAGCUGUACCUAACAUCCGAGGCUGAUCAUCUCUCGGAGACCCUGAAAGCAGUGGUGUUAGAUGGGAAUGGCAAAGGAAAGGAGUUUCCUGUCAAGCGCUCUGAUUUCUUCACAGGGCAUGUUGUUGGGGAGCACAAUUCAAAGAUCAUAGCACACAUUGGUGAUGGUGAUUUUUCAGCGCGGAUCACAACAGACGGCGAAGAAUAUAACAUUGAGCCCCUCUGGAGGUUUACAGAGAACGCCUCGAAGGAUAACCUACUGAUCUACAAAUCUGAAGACAUCCGACAGGUCUCUCGCCUCCAGUCCUCCAAAGUGUGUGGCUACAUCAAACCGGAGCAGGACCUCUUCCGGAAUGAGCAGGGUCCCGCUGACGCACAUGAAGAGCAUUUCCACCGACAGAAGAGACAGAGAGCGGGCCCUGACCCUAGUAGGAAUACCUGUAAGAUGCUGGUGGUGGCAGACCAUCGCUUUUACAGAAAUAUGGGACGGAAGGAGGAGAGCACAACCAUCAACUACCUGAUUGAGCUCAUUGACCGCGUGGACGAUAUAUACAGAAACACCUCAUGGGACUCCCAAUGGAAGGGCUACGGAGUACAGAUAGAACAGAUCAUUGUACACAAGGAACCAGAGAAUGUAACCAACUCAAAACCGCACUACAACAUGGCAAAGAGUUAUCCGAAUGAGAACAAGGAUGCUUGGGACGUGAAACAGCUGCUGGAGCAAUUCAGCCAGGACAUAUCUGAGAAGGCCUCCGGGGUCUGCCUCGCUCACCUUUUCACCUAUCAGGACUUUGACAUGGGGACGUUAGGACUUGCUUAUGUCGGGUCCCACAAGCCAAACACCCAUGGAGGAAUCUGCCCUAAAGCUUACAAAAGCGAAGCAUCACAGAAAGCGAUCUAUUUAAACACUGGACUGACGAGCACAAAAAACUAUGGAAAAACCAUCCUUACAAAGGAAGCAGACCUAGUUACUACACAUGAGCUGGGCCAUAAUUUUGGAUCUGAGCAUGAUCCUGACAGCAUGGAGGCCUGUGCUCCCAGCGAGGACCGUGGGGGGAAGUAUGUGAUGUACCCUAUAGCCGUGAGUGGAGACCACCAAAACAAUAAGAUGUUCUCUAGUUGCAGCAGAGAGUCUAUCCUGCGUACACUGAUGAGCAAGGCUUCCAUCUGUUUCAAAGAGCGCAACAACAAGGUGUGCGGUAACUCCAGAGUGGAUGAAGGGGAGGAUUGUGACCCAGGCUUGCUGCACCAACACGAGGAUCCUUGCUGCACCUCUGACUGCAAGUUUAGAAGUACAGCAAAAUGCAGUGACCGGAACAGUCCAUGCUGUAAAAAAUGCCAAUUUGAAACUGCCCAGAAGAAAUGCCAGGAAGCCAUAAAUGCAACCUGCAAAGGGGAAUCCUAUUGCACAGGAGAAAGCAGUGAGUGUCCUGCACCCGGCAAUGCCGCUGAUGAUACAGUGUGCGUGGAUUUGGGGAAGUGUAUGAACGGCGAGUGUCGGCCAUUCUGCGAGAUUGAAAAGAAGCUUAAGUCAUGCGCCUGCAAUGAAACUGAGCAUUCAUGUAAAGUCUGUUGCCGGGACCAGAAUGGGACCUGCAGUCCGUACAUGGACACCAACAAGCAAUACCUGCUCUUACGUAAAGGAAAGCCGUGCACGGUGGGCUUCUGCGACAUGAAUGGAAAGUGUGAGAAGCAGGUCCAAGAUGUCAUUGAGAGGAUCUGGGAUUUCAUUGACAAACUCAGCAUCAAUAUGUUAGGCAAGUUCCUGGCAGAUAACAUUGUGGGGUCUGUCAUUGUCUUCUCUCUGCUGUUCUGGAUCCCCCUCAGUAUUCUUGUCCACUGUGUGGAUAAGAAAUUGGACAAGCAGUAUGAAGAAAAUGCCAAAUCCUUAUUUUUACCCAGUAAUGUGGAAAUGUUAAGCAGCAUGGACUCCGCUCCUGUACGUAUAGUGAAGCCUUUCCCGUCCUCCCAACCCACCACCAGACUGCAACAAGUGCCAGUCGUGCCAACCUCUGCCAAAGGCGACCAUCAAAGAAUGGACACCAUCCAGGAGGACCCCAGCACAGACUCUCACCUUGAAGACCAGUUUGAGGAGAAUCCCUUCCCCAACAGCGGUUCCCCUGCCAAAUCUUUUGAGGACCUCACAGACCACCCUGUCACCAGGAGCGAGAAGGCCUCAUCCUUUAAACUGCAGCGGCAAGGACGUGUGGACAGCAAGGAGACUGAGUGCUGAUACACCCUAUGUCCUCCUUCUCUGCCAAUCAUUAUAUUAUAACGUGAAGACAAUCAAGUGAUGAACCAUUACAGCAACUAUCCAGACUAUUAUGUCCCCAUUUCUGAGAUUGACAGAUGUUGUAUAUAAUUAAUAUUUUUUGCAAUUUUAGUGUUUAGUAUGCCUAAACCGGGAAAAAAAGCUUUUUACAGGGAAAGCAUUCGAAGAUGUUCUAAGCUUAUAUUUAUGCUUAUAAGCAGCCAUAGUUAGUGACGUUUUAGGUUUUGUUACAGUGGGUAGUUGCUUAAAGUUCCAUAUUUUUAUGGUUGUUUACUUGGAAUAAUGACUUCCAAUGGGUGGAGGUUUCCACAGUGUUCGGUCAUCUAGCCUUUCUCAGGAAGUCUGCGGGGAAUGCUGUAUUUUGUUAAGGUACUUACAUUAUAACCAAGUUGUGUUAAAAUCAAAGUAACUUAUUUAUUGAGUCCUUUGGGAACAUCCAUCAGCACCUGAGAUGGGCACUUUCAUGAGACAGAUGCCUCUUGCUUUAGACAUAAGCCAAUACGCUCUUCUCCUGUAAACCAGGGUCUUUAUACCAUUUGCACUAUGUGACCGCUCCAAAGUGAUAAACCAUUUAACUGUUCUGAAUAAUCAGUGGGACAGUCAGUGCUUGGCAGCUGCCAUAUACUGUGAGAAUAUAGCCUUAAUUCAGUAGGAAACCAUGACCUUCACUAUAUCACUACUGCUUGUUACAGAAUAGAUGGGCUGCACCUGACAUUAGAUUAGUGAAUUUAUAGGCUGUAGUUACUAGAUUAUUCAUAGCCAAGAAAAUGUAGUUCUGUAAUUGUCUGGCAUGCUUUACACUUGGAUGCCGCUCUCUUCUGGAGUACCUAAUAUCAUUCAGUAACUUGUACUUAAGGAAUUGUGAUGUACUGAGGCUCUGAUGUAAUGUCAUGCUUUUGUGCUGGUCAAUGCUUACUAGUGAAGCCUAACUUCCAAAUCCACAUUUAUGUGCCUGAUCCACUUACAGAGACAUGAGUGAUAUUAUUAUGGUAAAGAAUGUGAAAACUUUCAAACUGGUUGCCACAAAUGUCCUACAUAACUAUAUUUAUACCUUAGGGGCUACGUCUGCCUGUGGGGAUUUUAUAUUUUGUGAGAUCAUCUUAUAGAAUCACAGCAGUAACCAAACGCCUGCUUGGGUAAUGUGACUCACAAAUAAAAAUCUAAAUGUUGUUACAUUGUCUAUG